AUGUCAGCCUUGAGACACCUGUCAAGGCCCCGGCAAUUUGUUUGUCGGCAAUGUACACGACAGCAACACAGCCUCGCGCGUGGUGAGCGGCAGGACAAGAGAUGGGCUGCCGAAGAACCAGAUGCAGCAGCAAGACAGGCGCAAUGGGAGGACCAGGCGGGGAAGGUGCGAUCAGGCAUGCAGCAGAGUAUGCUGAGUCUACUUGAAGAGCGAGGAUUUGUAAAGGACGUCGCCGGUGGACGCCAAACGCUUGACUGGCUGCUCACCGAGAAGCGCAUAGGCGUGUAUGUUGGCGUAGACCCAACAGCCCCCUCUUUACACGUCGGACACCUUCUUCCCCUCAUGGCGCUUUACUGGAUGUACCUUCAUGGCUACUACACCGUCAGCUUGUUAGGUGGAGGCACAGUGCAAAUUGGCGACCCAUCUGGCAGGACGACAGCUCGUUCGCGGCAGGGCGAAGACGUGCAGUCUAUGAACGUGAAGAGCAUACAACACCAGCUGGAGAAGCUGUGGACCAACGUGAAAUGCUUGGGGAUCAAGCACCAGUACCCGCAGUUCGUCAGUCGAAAACGGGACAUCCUCAACAACAAGAAAUGGUUGCAGAGCCUGAGUGCGAUAGAGUUGAUGAGGGAUCUUGGGUCUGGCAUGCGCCUGGGUGCCAUGCUUGGUCGCGAUUCAGUCAAGCUACGGAUGGAGAGCGGCGAAGGCAUGGCCAUAUCUGAAUUCAGCUACCCUCUCUUCCAAGCCUACGACUGGUGGAGCAUGUACCGAAACCAGGGCGUUCAACUCCAAAUCGGCGGAUCUGACCAGUACGGAAACAUCAUUGCGGGUAUGGGCGCCGUCAGCCAUAUGCGGAAGAUAUAUCCCAUGGAAGAUGGUGCAGAAGGUGAAGAAGACCCACGGGUUGCAACCUAUGGUCUCACUACACCACUGCUUACAACAGCGUCGGGCGAGAAGUUUGGCAAGAGCGCGGGCAACGCAGUCUGGCUUGAUGGUCAAAUGCUGAACUCGUUCGACCUAUACCAAUACUUCCUCCGCACCGCCGAUGCAGACGUAGAACGCUACCUCAAACUCUUCACCUUCCUCCCUCUUGACUCCAUCGCCCUCCUAAUGGCGAGGCAAGCCCAAGAUCCUUCAAAACGCCUCGCCCAACACAUUCUCGCCCGCGAGAUCGUCGAGCUGGCACACGGAGCCGCGGCAGCACAGCAGGCCAUUACCGCACACAAGGACGCCUUCGGUCAGGGCGCCCACACCUUUUCGUUACUCUCGCUGAGAAACUCGAUUGCCGAGCACAAAGGUACGGUUGUUGCAGCAAAGGAAGGUAUGGGGAAGAUGGAUAAAGAGUUGUUCGAGUACAAGAAGGCCUAUGCUGCCUCUUCAACCACGCAAUCGGUAUCCGACACUACAUCAGAACAACAAAAAAACGUCAAUGAGAACAUCGUCACGCUGCCUCUUUCGAUGCUUCAACCGGGUUCCUUCCCACAAAUUCUCUACGCCGCCGGUCUUGCAAGCUCCAAAUCUGAAGCCAACCGCAUGAUUGCAAACAAUGGUGCCUACGUUGUAGUACCGAACUCUGGUCCGUCUGAGAAUCCCACUGCGCUGAAGUGGUCAAGAAUCAAGCCGGAGAAAGAUGUAGAUCCCAACCACUAUCUUGUGGACUGGGAGGCACUAGUCUUGAGAUCCGGAAAGACGAAGAUUCAGAUCUGUAGGGUAGUUAGGGAUGAUAAGCUUGAGAAGAAGGCAGAGGAGACGGAGCAACAAGAAUCAUGA